CAUCAUGGAGCCGGAGCACACAACGAUAUCAUCAAGAGGGAAAUCUUUCCAUUGUGACAUCUGCAAUGUGAAAAUCAUGUCAGGUAAAGCUGUUGAGGAUCAUCUUCAAGGAAAGAAACAUCAACGUCUGAUUGCAAUCCAGGCUUCAAGACAAAAGCAAGCAGAAUGUAGUAUAUUUGUUGGGGGACUUACCAAGCUUGUCUCUGAAUUAGAGCUCACAGAUUACUUCUCCAAAUUUGGCCCUGUUGCUCAGGUCAUUGUAGACAAGGAUAAGGGAAAGUAUGCCAUUGUAGAGUUCAGUCAGAGAGAUGAUGCAGAGAGGGCAUCAGAAGAAGAGAAACAGAAAAUGAAUGGAAAGAAGAUCACAGUUAGACCUAGAGAACAUAAACCUUUAACUCUCAAAGGCAAGCAACAAACUUCUGCAGGGAAGAAAGCCAAGACUGCCAGAGAUAAAGAGAUGGAAAAUAUCUUGGAAGGACUCCUGGAAGCAGAAGAUGUUUCUUCUCAAAUGAUAGCUCUUGUAGAGGAAACCUGCCUUGAUCAACCCGACCUUCAGCUUAGGUAUCUCAUCUGUGAUUUACUUCAAGAGGUCUUUGUGGAAAUGUUCCCUAAGUGUAGAGUCUUCCCUUAUGGCUCUUCUGUCAGCAGGUUUGGGGUUAAAGGUUGUGACCUUGACCUUCAGAUUGACCUUGGUCAAGAUGACCAGCAAUAUAAGUACCAAUUUGCUUCAAUGUUCCCUAAUGAUGAUGUCAUGGACACCAAUGAAGAAAUGGAUGCUGGUCCAUCAAACUCUGAUGUCCAAUCUAGUGAAGAGCCAGAUACAAGUAAGAUGACACAUGAAGAGAUUCUUCAAGUCCUAUGUCGUUUGUUGAAGCAAUGUGUGCCAUCCUGCCAGCAUGUCAGGGUCAUUCCUAGUAGUCGUAGACCCGUCAUCAAGUUUAUUCACAAGGAGUCUAGCUUGCACUGUGACUUGUCUUUAGAUAACAGGUUGGCCCUAAGAAACACUGAGCUCCUUCACUUCUACUCUCUGCUAGAUGACCGUGUAAGACCGCUCAUAUGUUGCCUUCGUCAGUGGUCAAAACAUCAUCAGCUGUCAGGGAAUCCACAGGGUCCAGGUCCUAGAUUGACUAACUAUGCUUUGACACUUUUAGUUAUUCACUACCUUCAGAACACACAACCACCAUUGCUACCAACUAUUCAUCAACUCAAAGAACUUGCAGGGCCAGAUAAGAGUGUGAUCCUUGGAGGAUGGGACUGUUCUUUCACAACAGAUCCAUCAAAAUUCAGUUGCCUUGACAACACAGAAUCUCUAGAAUCACUGAUGAAGGGUUUUUUCUGCUUCUACACCAAGUGUGACUUCGCUACUAGUGUUCUUUGUCCUGUAUCAGGCACCAUCAUCCCUCUUACCCAGUUUAAGACUCAGAUGACUCCAGAUUCAUCAUCCUCUAAAGAGUUCAAAGUGGGGCCAUUCAACAUCCAAGAUCCGUUAGAGCUAACACACAAUGUUGCCAUGAAUGUCAAUGACAAAAUUGCAGUUAAGAUGCGAGAGGAGCUGCGCAAGGCCAGUUUGACCUGUAUCUCAUUGAGGUACAGGAAGCAAGGGGAGGAUCCAGAAACGGGUAAAAUACCACGAUGGGGGCUCCUUAGCCUCCUGGAAGAGAGAGAUGGAGGAAGGAAGAAAGCAGAAGGUGGCCAAUCAGUUGUCAUCCCCUUGAAAAUGAGCCAAGUGACUCCUGAGUUUAUUAAGCAAUUUGAGGAUGCAAGAGAUAUGAAAUGGGCCUGGUGUCAACAUGCAGAGAAUUUUGCUAUGAGCCUGAUCGAAGAUGUGCUGGGGAUUUUAUGUUCUGAAGAAUCUCAGGAUGAUCAUACCACUGAAAUGGAAGAUGAUGUUCACUCACUACAACCGCCACAAGGAAUGAUAGAGCAUCCUGAAUCUUCUUGCUCAAUCAGUGAUUGCCACACUAGCACAACAAAAGACAUUCAGUUGAGGGAUACAGUAAGUGAUGAAGAUAUUGAACCUUCACGGAAGAGACAAAGGAUUUCUUCCAAUUUAGAUGAUGAUGAUGAGCAUGAAAUGUCUAUGACCUCCAGUAGUAGCAUGAACUCUCCAGUUGUAAUCACAUCCCCAGGUUCCUCUACAUCUCCUUCUACCAACCAUGAGGGCAGCACAAUCAGCAAGGUCAUUCACUGUAAAGCCAUGCAUAAUGUCUGGGUAGGCCGUAGGAAAUUACGACGUAAACUCCAAACAGAGAAGCCAUGGGGAGAUGCACCAAUUGAUGAGCUCAGCAAAGAAAAGCUUGUUACUCAUGAGAUAAUGAAGUCCUCUACUACUCCUUCUACCGUCCUUACGGAGUUUAAGAUUGAAUUCAGAAGAAAGCUAGCAGCUGAUUGCACACUUGUCAUUAUUGCAUUUCAUACUUCAAACAAUGAUGUAAAUGCAAAGAACUUUGCACAUUUUUAUGAUGAAUUUGUUGCUAGAAUGCUGUGCCACUUGAAAGUAUGAUUUUAUUAAGAUUACUUAUUGGUGCAUUUUUCUUCACAGGAUAAUGAAAGUAUGUAUUGUUAUGUACUUCAAAAAUACCACUAUGCAUGUACUUGUUACUUUCAAACAUGUUAUCCAGUUAUUACUCUGCAGCUGUACUAAGACAAAUAAUAUGUCUCUAAAUGUGUUUUGUGUGUUUCAACUUGAUUAAAGAGGAAGUGUUGUCAAACAAAUAAUUCUGAAUGUAAAUGACAUUACAGGUGAAAUAAAAUAGAAUAACAAAUCAUUUGAUGAUACCUUAGUACCUUAACUACUUUUCAGUUAAUGCUCCAAAAUCUUAUUUAGAUACUUUGUCAGGAGUAUCCAAAUGUGCAUACUUUUGCUGAGAGGCAAGCAACUGAAAGGGAAUGCACCAGGAAUUCUUCCUUAUCCAGCAAUUUUAUUCACUUGUGCUGAAAAUAUUUUGUUUAAAACUGUUUUCAUACCAUGUUUUAUAUGGUUCCAGUCACGCUAAGUCUUAUCUUAAAACUCCUAGAACUUUUCAGUGGUUGAAAGAGAUAUGACUUUUCAGCUAAGAUGUUUUGUUUUUUUCUGUCCAGUAUUGUCCUUAUUACAGACUUGUCCACUUUAUCAAUCAUUGCAAAAAAUUACAUGUAUUUUAGGAAUAUAAGGAAAUUGUUUAUAGAAUUUAACAUCUUGAAACUUC